AUGAUCAUGAGCUGGUCCCCAGAAGAGUGUGGAGGGCAGGGAGAGCCCCCCGGUGACAGACACACCCUCUGUGCCAGGCUGGUGGAGAAGCCCAGUGGAGGGUCUGAGGAGCACCCUGAGUCUGGCCCGAGACCCAUCGUCACCCGCACGGCCUCUGGGCCUGCCCUCGCCUUCUGGCAGGCAGUGCUGGCAGGGGACGUGGGCUCUGUCUCCCGCAUCCUCGCGGAUUCCAGUGCCGGCCUGGCUGCUGAUUCCAUCUUUGAUACCAGCGACCCAGAGCGAUGGAGAGAUUUCCGCUUCAACAUCCGCGCUCUGAGACUCUGGUCUCUGACGUAUGAGGAGGAGCUGACCACCCCACUGCAUGUGGCGGCCAGCCGUGGCCACACAGAAGUUCUGCAGCUGCUGCUGAGACGGCGGGCGAGGCCGGAUAGUGCCCCUGGGGGCCGCACUGCCCUGCAUGAGGCCUGUGCUGUGGGCCAUGCUGCCUGUGCCCACGUGCUGCUGGUGGCAGGGGCUGACCCCAACAUCCCUGACCAGGAUGGGAAGCGCCCCUUGCAUCUCUGCCGGGGGGCUGGCACCCUCGAGUGA